AUGUCAGCCAUCUGUCAUCUUCUGUUGGAAAUAAAUGAACUUCCAAGUUGGAAAGGCAAGGCGUAUUUAUCUAUAAAAUGUUCACGUGAAGCGGACAUGACCACCCGUUGUAAUUUCAUGGAAUCGCAUUCUACUGAUAUGUCUACUAAAUUGACCAGCACUCGGAAAAGAUUGAGAAGUUUAUGGAUGCUCACAACCUCGUCAAAUAUGUUCAACUGUAACGACAUCCCCAUGUCUGAUCCGUUCCUUUCACUGGAGACGAACCUCGAAGAUAUCAGUGAUGUUAUUCGGAUGGACACUGAGGAUGUGUUGGCUAUGGACGCUACCUGGGGUGGUGGUCAUCAGCAACCGCAUGCCAGUCACUAUCCGUACGCGAAACCGUUCGUUCGACCGAAUCAACACAGCCCACCUCAGGAUUACUACGAUUCAAACAGGUCACGAGAAAUAGGCUCCAUCGUAUCUCUUUUGCAAGCAGAUUCACCACCGUCUUCGGAUCCCUAUGCAGCGAUGAAGUUUUCACCCCCAAACUUCGACACAAACGUGAAUCUAAAUGGUCCUGCCGGUAUGCUGCCAAAACUCGGAGCUUCAGUAGUGCAACCCUUGCAAAUUAAUCACUAUCAAUCAGGUACAUUGGCUCAACAACUAACAGCACCGGCAAUGCAACCUUUUUCACAAGUGCUUUCCCCACCAGCUAUGUUCAUUGACACAAAGCCGCCGUUCGUGCAGAAUUCACCGGAGCAGAAUUACAUGGUUUCGCCCGGCGGAGGAUAUUCAUCUUGUACCAGUGUGGCAGCCACAGCGAACGUGAAAGUUGAAUCGCCAGUGUCGAUUCAGAUGACACGAUCGCAUUCAGAUGGUAACACUGCCGACAUGCUUUCGCCUCAACAGAACAGCAGCAAUGGGGCGACGACAAAAGAAGAACUCCUGCGAUUGUUGGUUAACAUGUCUCCGGGGCAAGUGGAGCGACUAAAAGGAAGCGCUGGUCGUAGGAGCAGCAGCCAUUCUCGCCCCUCAGGUGUGGCAACUCGAGUUCCCAGAGAUGAUUCUUGGCCUCAGGAUGAUGACUCAGAUGAUGAGGAUGAGGUGACGUCGGAGGAGCCAAGAAGGAAAGGACCCAAAACCGAAAGACGAACUGCUCACAAUCUCAUUGAGAAGAAAUACCGAUGUUCCAUCAACGAUCGCAUACAGCAUCUAAAAGCGAUUCUGGCUGGCGAUGACGCAAAGCUGAGCAAAUCCGCAACUUUGCGAAAGGCUAUUGAACAUAUUGGGAAGCUGGAAGCCGAAAAUCGUGAUCUACGACAAGAAGUCCAAAGACUGAGCAGCAUUUUACAUAAUAAUAAUAUCGAAGUACUCCCACCAUCCGUCCCUGUGGUUGGUUCCCCAGCGUUGAGCCCUUCUACGUCAUCAGCGAGCAUGCAGUCACCUGGGGCUACGACAUCCCCAACCACAUCGCCCACAUUACCGCCUAAAGGUGCUAAGCGGCCAAGAACCAGCGUAGAACAGGGUCGCGUAACAAUAUUUGCCAUAAUGUUUGCGAUGUUGAUGUGGAAUCCAUUGAAUUUGUUAGCGACUGGUUCAUCCGUUUCAGCCCGGAGCAACCAUGAUAACGUCGCACCGACAGGAGGAAGAGUCUUAUCAGAGAACACAGAUGCAUUUGACAACUACCUGACAGCAGAUGAAUGGUGGCAGACAAGAGUUAUUAAACCAUGCUUCGUAUGGUCCGUGAAUAUAUUCGUUGUUGUAUGCGUGCUUACUCGGUUGCUCGUCUACGGAGAGCCAGUACAGGAUUUCAAAUCGCGUUCCUGGCGUGUGUUUCUCUCAACUCAAGCACGAGCACGUCAAGAAGCCGAGCAUGGGAAUGUACGUGAAGCUCAACGACAGUACAUUGAGUGUUUACAGAUCCUAGAAAGGCCUCUUCCUUCUGCAGGGGUUGAACAAGCCUUGUCUGUGGUAUGGCAAAUCAUACGUCAUGCGCUAAACAGCUUAUGGAUAGGAAGGUGGUUUUCGCGACGAAGGCGAGAUGCCGGUAAACCUGUCACGGUGGUUUGCAAAAGUCAUGCGCAUACUGCUAUGAUUUAUCAUAAGAUGCAUCAGUUGCACUUACUAGGCGUCGACGAGACGAGCGAGGGAGUUUCUGGUUUAUAUCUAGCUUUAUCAGCAGUGAAUCUUGCCGAGAGCGCAGGAGCAUCGAUCGAUGGCCUGCCUAGGAAUGUUUUGGCGGAUAUUUACAUCGCUGCUGCUAUUAGAACUCGGUUGUGCCUACCAUCAUUCCUCGCGUCUAUUUUUUCGCCUUAUUUCUUUAGAAGAGCUAGGAGGCAUGUUCGAAGAGCAGAUGAGGAUAGUGUGAGCGCACUUCAUUGGGUGUUUCAUCCAUUGUCAAGAGAGUUCCUAUCGGAUUUUGAAGUCGUGCGUUCGACUCUAAACGCCAAGAAAACAUCAUUGGUACCAAUGGUCGGGGAACGCGACAGCGACGUACUUUCUCGUCUACGAGCGGGUCUUAAGCUCCGACUGUUGACUCUUUUGGCGAGUGAGUUGAGUGGUGAUAAUGGACUGAAGGAAAUUGACACUGUUGACGUGUCUCGUCUUCUGAUCACUAUUUCAAUGGCAGGGGGUCUACCUAAGAAGGAGAAUAGCUGGGACUGUGCUACAUGGUUGACCGAAGGCGAUGCUCUUUGUACGUGGUGGACGCAUGUGUUUACCUGUGCACUGUUCUGGAAACAAGGCAUGCGAGAGAAAGCUAAGCAGCACUAUGCAGUUGUACGGCGGUGUCCAGAUGAACUACUCAACAGUCCGCUAGCACUAGCAGUUGGACACGCUUUCUGCAGCAAAAAGUUGUGCGCUGACGAUCGAGACAGUGCAAAUUUUGGAAAGUUUGUGUUAAUCCAUUCGAGAAAGGCUCUCGAGCAGCUAAGGCUGGCUUACACACGAGAAGCAGCACCAGAGGUCGCCCAUUUACAGGAUGCUUUGCGCCGGCUUGCGUAUGAGUGGGUAAUGUCAUCAUUGUUGGAUGCAUGGCGGCAAAAUCUGGAAUCAGGAAAACCAUAUUGGUGCCAACAUAUCACCGAAGACUACCGCACCUUAUACCAAGAAGCAUGUAAUCACUAUACACAUAUUCAACUUCAUGGAGGAGGUGAACGAGGAAGCCGACUUACCACCUAUCAGCUGACAUCAAGAAUGUUAAAUGGAGCAAAUCCACUUUAUACAUGGGCAGGAACAUGCCGUAUAAGGAAGGAACGAUUUGAUGCGGUCAGCGGUCGUGUAUCGUACUCUCGUGCUCAACAACCGGAUCCGUUUCACCUCCAUGUGUUGUGCAAAUUGCACGACGACCUCCCACGAAUGUGCGAGCGAGUUAAGUGA